AUGAAGUUGAUUCUAUCCAGUUCGAAUAUCAUGCAGGCCGGACGACAAUCCGUCAUCCGCCAGCCUCUGACACAAAAAUCCAACGUCGAACUGAUCAACUCGCUCCGAUCGAAUUUCCUCGCCUCGCAACAAACUGACUCCUCCCCCAACGGCACCAAGUCAAAUGGACACUCAACCGCGCAUCCCUCAUGGACACUACAGACCGAAGACGGCCUCUAUAUCCCCGCGCUGGACUUCUCACAGCCCGGAUUGGCAGAAGAGCGCGAUCAAUACGAUAUCACAGUAAAGCUAUUCUACCUACCGGGGAUCCCGGUAUCAAGACGAUGCGAACACACGCGGGAAGCAAUUGAUCUGGUAUUGAAGGAGCUACACAUCAAGUCUAUCGAUCUACUGAUAGUAUCGUUCCCGGGGAUCCUAUUCGACGCCGACGACGACAGCGAAGAGGAAGACAGCACGAGUACCGGGGAGGACGAUUUCGACAGCAUCGUGCAGACAUGGCGGACACUGGAAUCGCUGCAUAAGCAGGGAAUGAUUGCGCAGCUGGGGGUGGCUGAGUUUGGCGCCGAACGUUUGGCGCGGUUCCUGCCGCACACCAAGGUCAAGCCCUCGGUGGAUCAGAUCAAUUUGAAGGAUUGUUGUGUGGUUCCCAAGAAUUUGAUUCUCUAUGCGAAGGAAGAGCAGAUUCAACUCCUCACCCAUAACGACUGUCAUGAUAUUCUGCCUGUCGGCACGACGCGGGAACUGCUGGGUCCGGCGGGUGCGGGGAUCUUGGCCUCGUCGCCCACGGCUAACGACGGCAUCCAGGGAGAUGUCGAGCCGCAGUGGGUGGUCAAGUACACGGCAGUAGUCAAGGAUCGCGGAGUGGUCGAGAACAAGGGGUAUUUCGCAUUGGCUGAUGUGGGCACGUGUGUCAAGAGUCGAUGA